CGCGCGUGCACCAGUGAUACGUUAUGGAGUUCGCGAGCUUGUUUGUGUGUCUGUUUUUUGUGUUGUCUACUAAACAAAUACUAGGACAGGUAGGGUCAUUAUGCCGCAGUAACGAGAGGCUGCUGACGUGUGGGGGUUGUCAGAAAACCUGCGUAGAUCCCGUGCCUCGGUGCGAGGGUAUUUGCCGAACUGGAUGCUACUGCGAAGAAGGGGAUGUUAGAAAUGCUACCGGACAUUGCAUUAAAUUAGCCGAUUGUCCUCCCGUUGUAUACAAAACAAAUCCAGACGAUGUGGAAUGUCCACUGAACGAAGAGUAUCGCUUGUGCGAGUCAUGCAAUAAAUCGUGCGACAAUCCGAACCCAAUUUGUCCAGCACAGUGUUCCAGAGGCUGCUUUUGUAAAGAGGGUCUGGUGAGGGACAGAGAUGGGAAAUGUGUGAAAUAUAACCGAUGUUCGAAGUUCACACAAAUUGAAGCAAAUAAUAUAACGGUAAUUGACAAGCACAACUGCGCUCCGCACCAAGUGUACAAACUUUGUGAGAACUGUGAGAAGACUUGCAACAACCCUAAUCCCAAAUGUCCAGCACAGUGCAGUAAAGGCUGCUUCUGUGACGACGGCUUCUACAAAACACGAAAUGGUAGCUGUGUCAAACUUCAGGACUGCCCUGCAGCUCGACCAAUUCCACCGUUACCCUAUCAGAUAAACUGUGGCCCUCACCAGAUCUUCAAAAUCUGCGAGAAUUGCGAAAAAACCUGCAGCAACCCGAACCCAAUAUGUCCUGCUCAAUGUACCAGGGGUUGUUUUUGCAAUGAUGGCUUCUAUAAGGCACCAAAUGGAAGUUGUGUGAAACUCGAAGACUGUCCUGAAGCCGAGGUAACCGUAGGAGAUGCUCAUGACACGUCCAUUGAUGACUGUCAUCCGGACGAGGAGUUCUUAUCGUGCGGCUGGUGCGAACCGAACUGUUCCCAACCUCAGCCCGAGUGCCCGCUGAAGAUCUGCACAAGCGGGUGUCUGUGCAAGCCUCCACUUCUGAGACAUUGGAGUGGACACUGUGUUGAAGCGAAAGACUGUUUGCCACAAAGAUGUACGAAGCCACACGAAGAGUUUGUUUGUCGGUACGGUUGUGAGCCGAAAUGUCAGAAACAUGCAUGUAGGGUACGUCCAACGCGUUGCACUCUCGGUUGCCACUGCAAAUUGGGCCUACUGAGAGAUUCUAGUGGAAAUUGUGUAACUCCUAAUAAAUGUACGCAAGUUUCAAAAAUAGAACGCAACAAUCUGACCAGUCCUUUUAAUGUAGAUCUAAAUAAUCAAUUGACUCAAAUAUAUAAUUUUAAAUGA